UGCCGAAAACAGAGCCGGCGGUUCAUGUGAGAGGACAGGAGCCCCUUACUGCCUCAAUGCUGGCAGCUGCACCCUUAAAAGAGCAGAAACAACUCCUGGGUGAGCGGCUGUAUCCACUUAUCCAGGCCUUGCAUCCUACUCUUGUGGGAAAGAUCACAGGCAUGCUGCUGGAGAUUGACAACUCUGAACUACUGCACAUGCUCGAGUCUCCAGAGUCCAUGCACUCCAAGGUUGAAGAGGCUGUAGCGGUGCUUCAGGCUCAUCAAGCCAAGGAACUGUCGGCAAAGUGAGGGAGCUUUGUAAGGCGGGCAUGCUCACUGAAGGUCUGUGAGGGUUGUUCCAGAGAACGAGGAAAAGAAAACAGCACUUCAGAGUCAUGCUAUUUAAUGCAUGGUUUGCACACUUCAAAUGUCCUUUUGCUCUCCACAGUGUUAAGUUUGUUCUGGCUUUGUUUAUUAAAAAAAAAAUAAAAAAUUAUAGAAAAAAGUAAAAUGACAAAAAAGGCUAAAAAAUAUUUAAUUUCUGUGUUUAAUAAAUUAUUCUGGCUUAAUGGACAUGCAAA